AUGCCUCAUUUGACAGAUUGCUCUUGCUAUCAGGUUCAAGCCCACCUGGAAAAUCCAAUGAGGUAUCACAUUCAGCAAAUUCCACAGCAUCAAAUGAAACCAUUCCUGACCCUGGAUACCAAGUUAUCUAACCACUCUCUAUCACUGCCUCAUUCCCAAUCUGUAUCUUCUUCAGGAUCUACACCUAUAAUAAAGAGUGGUCAUUUGCCACCUACUACUAAUAUCAGCAUUCCUGAAAAUCCAGUAACCAAGAUACUAACUCUUGGAGGAGAACAUGAAAAUGGGAUGGAAGACGUUAUUGAUGAUAUAAUCAACAUGGAAUCAAAUUUUAAUGAUGAAGGGAUAAGUCCUAUUGAAACACCACUGCUCAUGCCAAGAGUGCUUUCAAGUAGCAUUCUGGAUAUGUACAACAGUGACCAAGGAAUGACGGCUGCCAAUAUGGGUCUUACCAAUACUUCCUGUCCUCCUAAUUUGCCAGUUAAAAUUGAAAUCACAGAUACACACAGAAUCACAAAAGAGAGACUAAAAAAGGACAACCAUAACCUCAUUGAAAGAAGACGGAGGUAUAACAUUAAUUAUCGGAUCAAAGAGCUUGGCACCCUUAUUCCAAAGUCUAAUGAUCCUGAUAUGCGCUGGAAUAAAGGAACUAUUUUAAAGGCAUCAGUGGAGUAUAUCAAGUGGUUACAGAAAGAACAACAGAAAGCUCAAGAAUUAGAGCAGAGGCAGAAGAAAUUAGAGCAGGCUAAUAGGAGACUGUUGCUACGAAUUCAGGAGCUAGAAAUACAAGCACAUGCCCAUGGACUACCCACCAUGUCUUCAGUCAGCGUGGUUGACUUAGCAUCCAGGGUCAUGAGACAACAGGCAUAUCCAGAAGAGAAUUCAAUAGACUAUAUUCAACAUCUAGCCAUGGCUCAUGAGCAACAUGCUGAUCUACAUGACCCAGUUGCAGCCUUUUCUGAUCCCCUCUCCCAUUUUACAGACUUGUCUUUUAGUGCUGCCUUAAAAGAACAGAGACUAGAAGAAAUAUUACUAGAUGAUACAAUAUCGCCACUUGGGAUAGACCCUCUUUUAUCUUCUGUGUCUCCUGCUGUAUCAAAAGGAAGCAGCCGAAGGAGCAGUUGCAGUUCAGGUGAUGACGUAUAACAUAGAAGAAUAUUCCAUAGAUAGAAUAAAAGGAAUUCUCCCUUGUUUUACUGGUGCUAUAUUUAUGUUACUGCUUAUUUCAGCACAAUCAGGUUGGUUGCUGAUAGAAUGUGUUUUAGAAAGGAUUGAGUAUGAAAUAAAAAAUAAGAAAAUGUUCCAACUAUAUAGAGAGUAGUAAGAUUUUACUCUUAGGCAAGACAAGUGGGGCACAUUUUCAAGGAGAACAUUACUUUUUCAUACACACAGGGCAAACAUUUUGAACGACAGUUUAAUUUAUUCAUUACAAAUUCUCUGAAUCAUGAAAAGAAGUUUGAGAUAACUCUUUGGCCUCUGUGCAUGGAAGUUAAUAUAUAGAAGGCCUACCGUACCUUUUUAUGUAGAAACAUGUGUAAAAUAUACUUAUUUCCAUAACUCUCUUGUUUGGAAGUGAUGACUCAAACCAUCAGACAUUUUGUAUCAUUCUUAUUUAUUUACCAGGAAUGCUGUACAUACAUUACCUUACA